AUGUACGGAUGCCAGCGUACCGAUCAAGAGAAGAAAACUAUUGAGAAAGCUAACAAACAAACAGUAGUAGUUAUUAAUGCUGAAUUAAUAUCAUCGAUACUCGCUACGUUUAUAAAUGAUAAAAAAUAUCAUUGUCCAGCGUUUUCAAUGUCUAUUACAGAUUUUCCAAAUAUUUCUUGUAGCCUUUCACUAGUCAGUGAGCGGCAAAUGCGUGAUGUUCUUCAACACGAUAAUAUAACAAUUACAGAUCGAACAUUUUGUUUUAAUGAUUUUCGAGCAUUUUUCAGCACUAUUGAACAUAAAACGCUCUCUGCACUCAAUUUGAGUAGAAAUAAAUUAGAGACGAAAUCAGCCAUAAAUAUCGGAACAUCAUUAAGUAUAAACUUCGCUCAGUCAAAAUGUGGUAUACUAAAAAUGUCUUCAACAUGUUUAGCCAACAACUAUACUCUUAUCAAGUUAAAUUUAAGUUGGAAUCAAAUUAGAGGUCGAGCAGCUGUUACAUUAUUAAGAGCAUUUGAAGUUAAUACUUGUAUCAAAGAUCUUGAUUUAUCUUGGAAUGGACUUGGUUACGAUGGCUCGAUUGUUUUACGUCGAAUUUUCAAAAUAAAUGAAACAUUGACAUAUUUAAAUAUAAGUCACAAUAAUAUUGACUGGAAAGCGACGAAAAUUGGUUUUAAUCCAUUAACAUCGCAUGGUAUACAUGACAUUGUUGAAGCGAUUCACAACACAAAAAAAAGUGCGCUAUCUAUGUUAGAUUUAUCGGGUCUGAGUGUAUUUUGUCAAACUGUUCGAUUAGCAGAAAAUAUAGCGAUGGAACGACGAUUUUUAUUAAAAUAUGAGUGUGAACUUCAAAUACAUGACUAUUAUGGGGCGCCACAUGUGCCUAAAUCUGAACCUCUUCAAAAAAUGAUCAAACAUAUCGACGAUCAAAAAUGGCGCACACUGGAAUAUUUUCGUACUAUGGAUAAACAAGUACAGUUUAAAAUUGAAAAUGAAAAUAUAUCAAAAAGCAUUACGGUAAUGAAACCAGGAGUUUGUUUUGGUGAUUCAUUUGCAUCAGGACAAAAAACUGGAAUGCAGUUACAGAAUCAUGAACUUCACGAUAUAACAAGACUAUUAUCACUACAUACAGUCAAAGCUUUAACGUACAAGGAUCUGGAUCAGAUUCUUAAUAAAAAGAAAUUGGAAGAACGAUUAGAAAGAAGCAAACAAAAGAAAAGGAAAGAACAAGUAAAGAAAAAGAACUUAAUUAUUUUACAAGCGGCCAAUGAACAUUUCCCAGAUAUCGCGAUCAUUGACAAAUACGGGAAACAUGUACAAGCAAUUACUCGACUAGCUACUCCAAAGACAUACGACUCGUACUGA